AAGUUUUUGAUCAUAAUUUUUAUUUUAAAUGUCAAAAUAACGUUCGCAGCAGUUCUGCUUUCGUAAAAAUUCCGUAUUUCCAGGAUUUUCGUAUACUGAUACAGGCACAUAAAAUAGUAUCGUCAACUAAACCAAAUUCAAUAAUUCCAAUACAGUAUAACCAAAACAACACCGCCCGCGCGGUUCGGUUUGUACCGUAUUUAAUCUUUGCAUAGUAAACAAUAAUGCAGUUCCGCAUUGUGAAUUUAUGAAUAUUAUUGAUUUUCUGUUUUUACACUAAGAUAAAAAUGACUGAAAACGUAUAACCAUGACAGUGAGAAUAACUAUUUUUAAGUUGUUUUAUAAAAGUGUUCCAUAGAAGAGUUAUAAAUAAAGGGCGUUAAGCCGUUAACGUCAUACUGCAGUGCAUGAGUCAAUGUCGAGAAUAUACAAUGGGCAAUUGGUGGUUGCUAACCGUAGUGGCAUACCUUUAUCAUUUUAAUUUAGUAAAAGCAGAACGCGGUGAUUACAUUGGAUGUUAUAGAUUUAACGUAAACGAUGCAUUGAACACUCACAGCGGUCAGUCGGCCGACGUCUGUUUGGAAGUUUGCGAAGAAUUAUAUUACAAAUAUGCCCUAUUGGGUAACAAUUCGACAUGUUUCUGUGGCAAUUCACCUGGUCAAUUCGAGCUACCAUCAGAAUCGUGCGAUAUUCCUUGCCCAAAAAAUUCUACGCAAAAGUGCGGCGGUGCUGAUGCGGCCAGCGUGUACGAUACUGAAGUCUCAGCUCCGGGACCACCAGCCUCUUUUAACAUGGUAAAUGUAACUGAGACAACAGUACGAGUCAGUUGGAGCCCGCCUCAAGCUUACUCAAAGAUUACAGGUUACAUAAUCCGUGCAAUAAUUAUAGAAACAUUUGCAGAUUUCAACUUGAUACCUUUAGAAUGGAGAGUUAGUAAUACUACUCUGAAUUCUGAACUAUUAAAUUUGCAGCCCGGUUCAACCUAUAAUAUUAGUAUAGCAGCAAGUAACUAUGAAGAUGAGGGUCCGAACGUGACAAUUAGGAUUGAAACUGUGAUUGGUACACCAAACCCAAGUCCACCAGAUAUUAUUAUAAAAGACAGACGGGGUGACAGAAUGGUGGUACAAAUACCUGAAGCAAGAAAUGUCAAUGGGCCGGUUUCUAUGUAUAGAAUAGUGGUGUCAAUAGAAUUAUAUCAACAAGGGUUUAUUGUCGAAAAUCUUGGAAAUUAUACAUAUGCUAAUGAACAAGGAUAUCCAUAUUAUAUAACAGCUGAAUUGGAUACAGAUGACAUCAAAAAUGACUUUAUAAUUGGUGAUCGCAGUACUUACAAUGGCUUUUAUAAUGCCCCUUUGCCACUCACAAAUGAUAUUGAGGUAUCACUGGGUGUGGUCAGUGAAAAAAAUCAUGUUAGAAAAGUAAGAUAUGCAGAAUCCACAAAGAAGAUAAUUCUAAAUAUAAAUGAACCUGAAGAAUUUUCCCCAUUAGUAGUGGCACUUGGUGCAGCAAUUGCUAUUGGAGUUGUGCUGAUACUGAUUGGAAUCGGUCUACUUAUAAUUCUACGUAAGAAGAUUCAGGUGGCUAGAAUGCAAAGAGGUUCUCAAUCGAUGCCACUGAGCCUGAGCGAACCUUGCAUUGAAAUUGAAAACUCCGGGUUCCUACAGGAUGAAGAUGAAAGAGUUGAUUAUUACGGUAACUUGAAAAGAAAACUUUGGAAUAUACCUAGAAAUCUCAUUGAUAUAAAUAUAUCAUGCAUUGUUGGUGUUGGUAGUUAUGGGAAAUUUACAAAAGGCAGUGUCCAGCAACACGGAGCUCUCACUCCUGGUCUAGUCCAGAUUAUACCUGAUAGAGAACUGGAGAAGACUGACAGGCGUUUAAUGUUACAGGAAUUAGAUCUUUUGAUAAAGUCCAGUGAACAUCAAAAUGUUAUAUCUCUCCUUGGAAUUUGUGAGACAAACACAACAUUAUUUGUUGUCUUACAGGAUUAUAAGCAGACAUUUAAAGAAAUGCUUUUACAGUGUCGCCAGAGAGACCUGCAGAACAACAAAUUUUGUCUUAUAACUGAGAAUAAAGUUAUUCAAAUGUGUGUUGAUGUAGCGUCUGGAAUGGAGUAUCUGCAUUCAAAGAAAAUUUAUCACAAAAAGUUGAGUUGCAGGAAUAUCAUUAUAAGUAACAGUGGAGUGGCGAAAGUUGCCGGUUUCGGACUGUCUCACAUACGUCCACUUCAUGAAACGCCAGAUUACACAAGAUGGAUGUCGCAUGAAAUGUUACGACAGACAAGAUUCAAUCCAAAAGCAGAUAUCUGGUCAUUUGGCUGUUUAAUGUGGGAAGCUUUAACAAUAGGUGCUACACCUUAUCCUAAUACUGUGAAUAAGGAUGUUGCCUCUAGAGUGUUACGUGGCAUGCGUCCGUCUCAACCGUCAUAUGUUAGCGAUGAACUCUUUCAGCUGUGUUUACAAUGUUGGCAGGUUGAUCCUGAUGAAAGACCAGCAUUUACAUCUCUACUCAAUGAACUUACUUCAUUUACUGAUGUACCAGGUAUGAGCAGUCUCAGUUUUACACAUUACAAUGGAUUUGAAUAUGAACCGUAUGUGCCACAAUAUGAAAUUGUUUAAUUUCUUAAUAUAGUUUGCUUGCACAAAAUUAUAUGAUAUCAA